CCGUUUUACACCUGUGCUGAUCUAGCAGCUGCUAGCUUCCUCGCCCCUCUUUCCUUCUCAGGCUUCAGCAAGUCCUUGGGAAGAUCUCAUCCAGAUCGAACCUCGGAUGGACUUCGACAUGCUGAAUUCGAACCCGGAGGCGCAGCUGGAGCUGAUGAACGCAAUGCUGCAGCUGGAGCAGCUAACCGCGCUCCCCGACCACGCCAUGGCGGUGCCCGCAACUCCCCCUUCAUCCUGCAUGCAAGCCCCUCGCCAUCAGCACUUCUCCUCCGCGCCUCCCAUGCCGGGCACCAACGGCGGCGGGGGGACCUACCACGACCCGUAUCCACAGCUGCCGGCAUCUGCCGCCUGCUACGACGGGAGCCACUGCCGCUCGGAGGAGUACACAGCCACGUCGGAGCCUCCUGCCAGAGGCGGCGGCGACAGCAACGGUCCGGCGGCGAUGCGGGAGAUGAUCUUCCGCAUCGCGGCGCUGCAGCCGGUGAACAUCGACCCGGACACGGUGCGCCCACCGAAGCGCCGCAACGUGCGCAUCUCGACGGACCCGCAGAGCGUGGCGGCGAGGAUGCGGCGGGAGCGCAUCAGCGAGCGCAUCCGCAUCCUGCAGCGGCUCGUCCCGGGCGGCACCAAGAUGGACACCGCCUCCAUGCUCGACGAGGCCAUCCACUACGUCAAGUUCCUCAAGACGCAGGUGCAGUCGCUGGAGCGCGCCGCCGCCGCCAACGGCCAGCGCGGCGCGUCUCCCAGCUACCAGGGCCUGAACGGGCACGGGCCAUGGUAAGACGACGAUAUUACGUCCGCCGCCCGCCCGCGCGUGCUUACGGUCCGACAUGCAUGGCCGUGUAACUUGGCAUUGAUCACCGUUGGGCCUGGAGCAUAUGCAUGCACUUGUACGGCGGCGACGAAUGCGCGUGCGUGUUGGUGCGUAGCGUUUGUACGGUCAUGUGUGUAAAUUAAGAUGUACUAGGUGUCCUUCUAGCUACUUACCACUACCUAGUGUUACUGCGCAUGUUUUUUGAUUGUACUCGAUCUAUCGCAUCUCAUGAACCGCGCAUAUAUAUGCAUGUAGUGGAGUAUCUCGAAUUCUCGACCAGACUUGUAA